GGAGCGGCCUUCAGCAGAUUGCAGGUUUUUAACUAAAUUUUGAGUUUUUACGUUUUGUUUUGCUAUUAAUUUGCUUUGCUUUGCUUAACAGGUUAAGUAAAUGUUUUCCCUGCUGCAGAGACCAGGCGUACCUGGACAAAGGCAACGACUUCCAGGAAUCGACGCCAAUCGAACAACAUGGGCUAAGAAGGGACAAUUCGAUCGAAGGCUCGCAUCGGUUGUUGUUUAUGCUGCAGAAAAUUAUCGGCAUCGUGCUGGUCAUCGAGGAGUGGUCCUCUUCGUUCAGUCUUAAGGCAAGGAUGUUCGUGCUGAGUCGGCUCGCGUUGAGAAAGGUUAAUGGCAUCAUCCGUACGGACGCUGUGGGUUGCGGUAUUGACAUUGACGACAUCGACGUGGUCAUCUCGUCAACAUGCCGCGCCACAUCAACACGUAAAUUGGCCGGACCGGGCGAACAAAUUGUGCCGGAAACCGGGAACCUUCAUCACGAUGCUGAUCGACUAGGAGCAAAAGAAGUUCCAGUUGACCCUGGCCGAGGCUGGCAGGCAGCCGCUAGAGCCGAUCGAAAUCCAUUCGAACGCCGAAGAGGAAUACGCCGUGCUGUACUCGGCGGUGCUGAAUGACCUGUGUGAAGCCCCGGAUCAGCAAAAGCAAACGAUCAAGAAGAUUCACAGCGGAAUGUCGAACACUAGCAUGACCAAGUAGAACUUGUUCAGAAAGCUGAAGGAUCGCAUUGACAUUAAUUGACCCUUCCAGCGAAAUUAUCAAAAUGCUACUUUUU